AUGGCCAGGCUGCCCCACAGGAUCAUCAAGGAAACCCAGUGUUUGCUGACAGAAUCAGUUCCUGGCAUUAAAGCAGAACCAGAUGAGAACAACACCCAUUAUUUUCCUACAGUCAUUCUUGGCCCCCAGAAUUCCCCCUUUGAAGGAGAGACUUUUAAAUUUGAACUAUUCCUUCCAGAAGAAUACCCACCUAAAUACGCACCUAAAGUACAUUUCAUGACCAAAAUGUGCCAUCCUAAUGUAGACAAGAUGGAAAGAAUAAGUUUAGAUAUUUUGAAAAAUAUGUGGUCCCCAGAAGUGCAGAUCCACACCAUUCUGCUUUCAACCCAGGCUUUGUUAAGUGCAUCUAAUCAUGAUGAUCUGUUAGUUAAUAAUGUAAUUGAGGAAGGAAGACCAAUGGAGCCCAAGCCAUAG